AUGUAAUAAACUACAUCAAUAAGUAAAAGGAUUGCUAUUAAAUUUCAUAACGUAUAAAUGACAUACAUAUAUUAAAAAAGAUAAAAGGAAUUUACAAAAAGGAUCCUUCAGCAUAAAAAGUAGAAGGAUAAAAAGAAUUCUAAGAAUAUGUCUAAUAUUUAAUUGAAAGAGGAAUGAAAAUAAAUAAUUUACAAAUGGCUUAAUUUAAAACAAGAAAUAAUUUACCUUAUUUGGGAUUACAAAGUAACUUUUCUAUAAGCAAUUUGGUUAGCUAUAGAAAAAAUAGAAAAUGAUUCAAUUCUUGUAUCAGUACCAAAAGAAUUAAUGUUGACCACAAAAAUUGCUUAUUUUUCAGAUAUUCAAGAAAUCUUUGAUGCUUAUCCAUAAUUUUUUUGUUUGCAUUGUGCAGGAGGAUGGCAGGAUAGAAUAUUACUCACAUAUAUAUUAUAUUAAUCAUAAUUAGGAAAGUAAUUGAUUUUAAUGUAAAUAUUUAGAUAAUCGUAAUGGUAUCAUUUAAUAUCUAAUUUACCAAGAGAUAUUGAUUACUUAAUAUUUUGGUCUGAUGAGGAAUUAAAAUUAUUAAAUGAUGAAAAACUUGUAUAGAAAUCUAAAAGAGAAUUAUAAGAUUUCUUAAUAAUUUAAAAGACAUUGACACAUAUUUUAGAUUAAUAUCCUUAAUAUUUUAAAAAAGAAACAUAUAGUUUUGAUAAUAUUAAAUGGAUAUUUAUACAUUUGGUAAGUAGAUGUUUUGGAUCAACUUUAGAAUAAGUUGCAUUUGUUCCAUUUUGUGAAAUGUUUAAUCAUGAGAAUACUGAUGUAAAAUACACAGGUUUGUAUUUAGAAAAUAACAUAAAUAAACCUAAAGAAGAUAAAUAAUAAGAUACUAAUCAAUCUGAUGAAUCAGAUGGAGAUAGUGAUUCAUAUGAGUAAGAAGAUUAUUAAUAUCCAAUUGAAAUUUUGUAACAAAUCAAAAAUUAAAAGUAAAAAACACCAACUUAUAAAUUAAUUGAACAAGAAUUAAUUUAGUAUUAAAAUUAAGUGAACUUUCAAGAUCCUAAUGCAAUUGAAUAAUUGAGACUUUACUAAGAAAAAUGUAAUAUCAGAAUUGAUUUAUAAAUCUAAUAUCUGAAAAACAAAAGAUGGUUUUAAGAAAACUUAAAUCUAAGAGAUAAUUUUACCAUCAUUUUUGUCUCUAAGAGUUUAGAGUAUAUUUAAGAAUAAAUUAAAUUAUAUGAAACAGAUGUAUUAUCAUAUGAUUAGGUGUCAUCUAUUCUAUAAUCAGUAGAAGAGAAAUCAGAAUUAUAUUUAGAAUAUGUUAAAGAUUAUGCUUGUGAAAAACUCAAAGAGAAAAGUUAUUAAUUAAAAUAAUUUGAAUUUCCAGAAUAACCAUAAGGUAUUGAAACUGUUGAGGAAAUGUUAAAGAUUGCUAUUCCUGAAAAUAUUAAACCUUUUGAAACUAAAGAAGAUUGGAAGGAAGAUUUAUUUGAUAAUUUUGUUAUUAAAUGUUCAAACAAAGAUGAAUUUGAAAAAGGUGCUUAAGCCUACUUUUCAUAUGGUAAAAUUUCAAAUAGAUCUUUAUUAUUAAGAUAUGGAUUCACUCUAGAAUACAAUAUCUAUGAUUAUGUAGAAGUGAAAACUUAAUAUAUUUAAUACAUACCAUUUGCCAGUGAUAUUGCAUAAGUAAAAAUAUAUAUAUAAAUAUAUUUAGAACUUCUAAUUAUCCAAAUAUAAAAAAUUUAAAAUAAAAUAUACUAAAAUUAAUGAUGAUUUAUUGAUGUAUUUUAAAAUUUUAAAUUGGUAAUAUGAUUAAGGCAUAUCAUAUUUAUUUGAUGAUAUUUAUGAUACAACAGUUAUUGAUUAGGCUAUCAAUUUAAUUAAAUCAUAUCACACUGAAAAUUUUAAGGAAACUUUAAAAUGUCAAUAAGAGAAAAUUACAGAUUAAAAUUUAAAUUAUCAUGAUUAUUUUGCCUUAAUUUAUCAUGUUGAACGAUAAAGAAUUAUAGAAGCUUAAUUAGAAGCAUUACAAAUGUUGAAAUGUAAAAUAGAGAAAAAGGAUUAUGGAAAGUAAUAGUUUGAAUGGACUUCAUAUUUAAUUGAGAAAUUCUAAGAUUGA